GACCAUGGCGGCGAUGGUAGUGGCCCUCCGCGGGCCGGUCGGGCGCUUCCGGUCGCGGACACGGGCCUGGACACGCGGGACACGGGGCGCGGCGAAUGCUGCGGGAGGGCAGCAGAGCUUCGAUCUCUUGGUGAUUGGUGGGGGAUCUGGUGGCCUGGCUUGUGCCAAGGAAGCUGCUCAGCUGGGAAGGAAGGUGGCAGUGGCUGACUAUGUGGAGCCCUCUCCCCAAGGUACCAAAUGGGGCCUCGGUGGCACCUGUGUCAAUGUGGGUUGCAUACCUAAGAAGCUGAUGCAUCAGGCUGCCCUGCUGGGGGGCAUGGUCAAAGAUGCUCACCAUUAUGGCUGGGAGGUAGCCCAGCCCAUCCAGCACAACUGGAAGAAAAUGGCAGAAGCUGUGCAAAACCAUGUGAAGUCCUUGAACUGGGGUCACCGAGUCCAACUUCAGGACAGGAAAGUCAAGUACUUUAAUGUGAAAGCCAGCUUUGUCGACGAGCACACAGUUUGCGGUGUUGAUAAAGGUGGGAAGACAACGCUGCUUUCAGCUGACCACAUAGUCAUCGCUACAGGAGGGCGACCGAAGUACCCCACACAAAUCAAAGGAGCCCUGGAAUAUGGAAUCACAAGUGAUGAUAUCUUCUGGCUGAAGGAAUCCCCUGGGAAAACGUUGGUGGUCGGAGCCAGUUACGUAGCCCUAGAGUGUGCCGGCUUCCUCACAGGCAUUGGACUGGAUACCACGGUCAUGAUGCGCAGCAUCCCCCUUCGCGGCUUUGACCAGCAAAUGUCAUCUUUGGUCACAGAGCACAUGGAAUCUCAUGGUACCCGAUUCCUGAAAGGCUGCAUCCCCUCUGUCAUCAAAAAACUCCCAACUGGCCAACUGCAGGUCAUCUGGAAGGACCACGCCUCUGGCAAGGAGGACACAGGGACCUUUGAUACUGUCCUGUGGGCCAUAGGGCGAGUUCCAGAAACCAAAAAUCUGAAUCUUGAGAAGGCUGGUGUGAAUAUCAACCCUGAGAAUCAGAAGAUUGUUGUGGAUGCCCAGGAUGCCACGUCCGUCCCCCACAUCUUUGCCAUUGGAGAUGUUGCUGAGGGGCGGCCUGAGCUGACACCCACAGCUAUCAAGGCAGGAAAACUGCUGGCUCAUAGGCUCUUUGGGAAAUCCUCAGCCUUAAUGGAUUACAGCAACGUUCCCACGACUGUCUUUACGCCACUGGAGUAUGGCUGUGUGGGGUUGUCUGAGGAGGAGGCCGUGGCUCUCCAUGGCCAGGAGCAUGUAGAGGUUUACCAUGCAUAUUAUAAGCCCCUGGAGUUCACUGUGACGGAUCGAGAUGCAUCACAGUGCUACAUAAAGAUGGUGUGCUUGAGAGAGCCCCCACAGCUGGUGCUGGGCCUGCACUUUCUUGGCCCCAACGCUGGAGAAGUCACUCAAGGAUUUGCUCUGGGGAUCAAAUGUGGGGCGUCAUAUGCACAAGUGAUGCAGACAGUGGGGAUCCAUCCUACCUGCUCCGAGGAGGUGGUGAAGCUGCACAUCACCAAGCGCUCAGGCCUGGAGCCCACUGUGACUGGAUGCUGAGGUUAAGCCACCAUCCCUGAGGGCACACACUAUGCCAUGUGCCCUGUACAAGGCUCCUCGGACACCUGGGUCCAGGACUGGAAGGCUUUGCCGCCUCCUCAGAGGUCCCAGAAGAUGUGGAUAGAGCACCGUGUCUGAGUAAAUGGCCGUGUGUCCUGCAGGGAUGACGCCACACGUACCCCUCUGGCCAGCCUUCCCACACUCCAGCGCCAGGUGAUGAUGGCCUGCGCAGAAACCCCACGUGGGCUGCUCAGGUUUGAGACCCUGGCAUUUCUGGAGCACCAAUAAAGAGGGUGUUUUUCUAAAGCAUGUCCACUUGUAGUAUCCCCAGAAUUGCCCAAUGUCACAUGGUAGUAGCUUCCAAUCAGGAUCUGCUGCCACCAGAACCAUAAUACACAGAGCCACAGUGUCUUAGAUCUAAAGUUCCCAGCAGCCAUUGGGAGGAACAACCCUGACCUGACCCUUCUGGUCCCUCUCCACCAUCCUCAGCCUCCCUUCAGCUAUUGGCUCAGGUCUUAAGACAUCAUUCUAGAGAUCCCUCCUGGACUUUCUGCUAAGGUCACCCCUAAGGUCUCUGUGUACAUAGCUCCGGCGGUCAUCAAAGGUCAGGAACAGGAGGAAAGGGUUUGUCAGGGUUGUUUGAGGUUUCCUGUCUGAACUGAACAUUGCUCACCUCCUUACUUUCUACUGUGGCCCGAGUCAGCUUGUGGACUGGUUUUGGCUAAUCCUCCACAUUGAAGCUUGAUGGGCCAGGGAGCACCUGUCAAUCACUGCAGGGAGAGACAGCCCUGACAGGGAGGGGCAGAGCCCUGCUUUAUGCGAGGCUUUAGCAGAGGCUAAUCUCCCGUCUUCCUUAAGAAAACAUCACUUAGCCUGGCCCCGGGAGCCUUGGAUGGGACCCUGCUUGUCAGCCAACAAAGGAAUGUGUUUGCACCUUAAUGGGCCUACCCAGAGCCUGACUCAAAGUGGAAGUGUGCAGGGUGCUCUCAGACGCCCAAUUAAGAUGCCAAGUGCUGGGCUGGCCCCGCCCUCCUGACAAGUGCAGGGCCAGAUCAGCCAUGUCCUAUUUAAUGCACCACUGGUGGCACGCCCCAGCCUGCCAGGAUCCUGGGGCGUGGUUGGGGGGGCGGGGUGCUCCUCUAGCUUGAGGUUUUGUCUGCCUUGGAGGCAGAGAGGUCAGUGGGUUGGGAAGCCUCUGGGGCCUGA